AUGAACAACAGCGCAGCAGUUAUCGAUGCUCAACGUGCCCAACAAGCAAUCUUGGAACAAUGCAACGACGCCGACUGCCCACCUCCUCCCUACGCUUUACGAGAACUUGUCGGCAAAGGUAGCUUUGGCCGCGUGUACAAAGCCGAUGCGAUCGCGACCGGGCAAAUCGUUGCCGUGAAAAUAAUCAGCAUCGAGGAAGGCGAUACACCAGAUCCACGCGCCGACACCAUUGGAGACAUUUUGAAAGAGAUUGCUACCUUGAAGAUUUUGAGUGAAACCGGAGCAAAGAAUAUCAACAAGAUAUUUGACAGCUUCGUUUUUGGACAUUCGGUAUGGAUGGUUACUGAGCAUGCCGCCGGAAGCGUCGCCACUCUGAUGAAACCUACCGGCAACCUGUCUGAGAAAUGGGCUGUACCUAUUCUUAGGGAGGUUGCCGAAGGAAUUUUCUGGGUCCAUCAGCACGAUAUCAUUCAUCGCGACAUCAAAUGCGCUAACGUUUUGGUAACUGAAAAUGGUGGUGUCCAACUUUGCGAUUUUGGCGUCGCUGGAAUCCUCGAAACGAAAUUCGAUAAAAGGAAGACUUUUAUCGGAACAUUGCAUUGGAUGGCUCCUGAGCUUUUCGACCCUGUCGUUAGCUACGGCAAAGAGAUCGAUAUCUGGGCUUUUGGAGCGUUGGCUUACGAACUUGCUUCAGGGCUGCCUCCAAAUGCCACGAGGAGCAUCAACGACAAUUUCGGCGUUUAUCUCAAGAACAAUGCACCACGUUUGGAGGGCGACCAGUACUCGGACCAGCUCAAACAUCUGGUGGCUUUCUGUCUGGUGCAAGACCCAAAACAACGGCCAACAAUCGAGCAAGUACAGCAUCACGCGUACAUCUUCGACACAAUCGAAGCAUUUCCAACACACUCGCUUUCCACCUUAAUUUCCGCCUAUAAAUUGUGGGAAGCACACGGUGGUGUCAGGCAAUCAUUAUUUGCCGCUGGCGGCGCUCAAGGUUCAAUUGACCAGCCAUCUACGCAAGAAGGUUGGGAUUUCGACGAGGAUUAUGCGACCGGAGAUUUCGACGAGACUGUCAGCGGUGAAAUCGAGCUGAUUUCUCAGGAUGAGAUCGCGUCAAUAUUGCGCGAUGUGUAUGGAAUCAACACUCCGGCCACCAUAGGUUUGGGGGCACCACGUCGCCGCCGCUUGCCCCCAACUGCCUCGCACAUCAAAGCCCCUCUCGAAAAAGUCUUCGACCCGAACACGAUGACCACCUAUCACGAAAACGCUAAGGUCUUCUACCACGGAUCCCAGUACAUGGUUGAGCAUCCUUCAUCGGAUUUACCAUUUCGCAAAUUUGACACUCCGCCGAUACGGGAAUCGUUGAUUGAUCUUGAUGCGGCCCUGGAUGGGAUCACGCCUGACAUGGGAACCAUCAAGCCCGUGUCCAACAGGUUUAACGCGUUUCACCGCCAAACCCUGGAAUGGACAUUUCCAAAGUCGGAUCUUGGUCAACCAAGCGUCAGCGUGUCUAGUGAAUCAAGCGUCAGCAUGGCGAAGGACUCAAUCCCGGUUUCUCCUUUUUCCUGGAAUAAUCGCGAAUCGGUGGCCAGUCUCAUUAAUCUUGAUGCGAGCGUGAUCGAACCGGCCGCUCGGCCGUCAACUGCAAGCUCAACAAUCACAUCAAUAAGCUCUGACGACGAAGGCAGUGCUUUUAGUUUGGAUAACAAAGAUCGUACGCCAGGCCAAUUGUCUCGAUCUCCGGUCUGGUCAAACAGAGAACCUUCCAUCUAUGUCACAGACGAAUCUGCUCUGCCCAGUUCCCAAAUGGUUCUGUACGAUCACUCGUCUUCCAUUCGUGGGGCGUCUCCUGUUGACGCAACAUCCCCUACCUACCUGACCUCUCCUACCCGACAACUGGAGCACAAUCUCACAUUACCUGGACCACCAUCAGCCAAGUACCUCCACGCAGGAGACAAAGCUAGAAUUAUCGGCCCCAGUGGUGAGGAUUACACGGUCACCUACGACAAGCAGCUCGCGAUGAGAGAGAACUGUCACGUCUUCACCGCCCAGCACUCUUCUUCUCCAGAAGACAACGGAGCAGCAGUCGUCAAGGUCAUCCGCUCGCCCUCUGGCCCAGUUGUAAGGUCAUUAGAGAUGCAAAGCUUGCGUAAUGUCAGCAUUCGUCCUCCAAUGUGA